AUGAUGUCGCACGUACCGGAGACCAUGGCGGCGUGGCAGUACUUCAAGCACGGCGGCGGGGCUGAUGCUCUCUCGCUAAAUGGCAACGUCCCCGUGCCCAAGCCGUGCAAGGGCGAGGUGCUGGUUCGCAUGCACCAAAUUCAACCUUAUUGUAUUCUCCCCUUCCCUCACUGCUUCUCACAUCACCAGUGGAACGACAACGUCCCCGUGCCCACGCCGGGCAAGGGGGAGGUGCUGGUUCGAGUGCGCGCGGCGAGCAUCAACCCGGGCGACUGGAAGCUACAAUCGGGACUCAUCCCCUUCCUGCCGCGCCGCUUCCCCGCCACCGCUGGGUUCGACCUUGCAGGCAAUGUGGUGGCAGUAGGGCCUGGUGUUACCAAGUACACUGUUGGCGAGGCAGUAUUUGGACGGGCUCCAUGCUUUAAAAUGGGCGCUCUCGCACAAUAUGCAGUGCUCUGCCCAUCGCUGGUCUCACUGCCCUGCAAGCCCGGUGGUGGUAAGGCUGAGAGCAGCAGCAACAGCACUGGAUACAGCAAUGGGUACUGCAGUGGGAACAGCGCACGGGUGCUGGUGACGAAUGCGUCAGGGGGAGUGGGGCAUAUGGCAGUGCAGCUGGCGAAGGCAGCAGGGGCACACGUGACUGCCACUGUCGGCGCUCGCAACCUCACCUUCGCACGGAACGUGCUUGGAGCAGAUGAGGUUGCUUCGUCUGCGGAACCUCCUAGCAGUGGACUGUAUGAUGCGGUAAUUGAUUGCUCUCCCAACAGUCUGGCUGUUUCUGCUGUGGAUAGGGUUUUGCGUCCCGAGGGGAAGUGGGUGCAUGUGAUUCCCCCGUUCUCAGUGUUCGCUCUGGGACUUUGGCGCCGGUUUGCCGGUCGCCCGAAGAAGAUAUAUAAUGUUAUGAUGGAGAACAGAGGGUCUGAUUUGGAGGUGGUUGGGAGGAUGGUGGAGGAGGGAAAAGUGAAGGUGGUGGUGGAGAGUAGUGUGGCGUUUGAAGAGAGUGAGGCGUGGAGGAGGAGCAUGGAGGGGCAUGUGACAGGCAAGCUGGUGGUUAGGAUGGAGUGA